AUGGGGCGCAGCCACUCUCCGGGUCGCUGGGUCCGAAUCUUCUGCCGGAGUCGGAACGGCUCGGCUCGGGGUUACUUGGGCCAGCCUGGGAGGCUCGAGGUGAUCCUGGUGCCUGCCUACUUCAACGAUUGGCAGCGCCAGGCCACCAAGGGGGGUGGGGUGGGUACCACCAUGGGACUCAAAGAGCCUACUGCAGCCACCAUCACCUACUAGCUGGACCCGCAGAGUGCUGGAGAGAGCAAUGUGCUUGAUUUUGGUCUGGGUGGCGGCACCUCUGAUCUGUCGGUCCUUAGCAUUGGCAAUAGUAUCUUUGAUGUGAAGGCUGCAGCUGGAGACACUUAUCCAGGUGGAGGGGACUUGCCCAACCGGAUGCUGACCUAUUUCAUGGAGAAGUUCCGGGGCAAACAUGGGGAGGACCGGAACAGAAACAAGGCGGCCCUUCGCAGAUAAGGCACUGCCUGUGAGUGAACCAAACACAUACUAUUCUCCAGCACCCAAUCUACCUUGGAGAUGGAUUUAUUUGAAGGUGUGGGCUUCUAUGCGUCCGUUACUCAUGCCCACUUCCAGGAACUGUGCUCAGACCUUUUCUGCAGCCCCCCUGGAACCUGUGGAGAAGGCGCUAACUGAUACAAGCUGGCCAAGGCCCAAAGCCAUGAGUUCAUCCUGGUGGGUGGUUCUACCUUUGCCUCUAAGGUGCAGAAACGUCUAUAAGACUUCUUCAACGGCAAGGAGCUGAACAAAACCAUCAGCCAUGAUGAGGCUAUGGCCCAUGGGGCUGCUGUGCAGAUGGCUGUGUUGAUGGAAGACGAGUGUGAGAAAGUGCAGGAUUUCCUACUGUUAAAUGUGGCUUCCCUGUCUCUGGGGCUGGAUGGUGAAACGGUGACCACGUUAAUCUGGUGGGAUGCCACCAUCCACAAACAGACCCAAGCCUUCACUAUUUGCUCUGACAACCAGCCUGGGUUCCUGAUCCAAGCAUAUGAGGAUGAGAGGGUUGUGACAAAGGACCACAACCUGCCGAGCGGCUUUGGGACCAGUGGCAUCCCUCCUGCCCCAUGAGGAGUCCCCCACAUCGAAGCAAAUGUUCACGUAGAUGCCAGUGGUAUCCUGAGUGCUGACUAGACCACCAUUAUCAAUGAAGCCCAGCUCAGCAAGGAGGAGGUGGAGAGGUGAUUUGUGAGUGAACAGUACAAGGCUGAGGAUGAGAUCCAGAAGGACAGAGUGGCUGCUGAAAACUCCUUGGAAGUUCAUUAA